GGGAGCCGCAAGCUCCAGCUCGGGGCUCGGCAGCUUCUCCCCGCACAGCGGGAGCCGCCCCGGCGGCGCUGGGGGAGGUGGGAGCGGGGCGGGCCCGGGAGCAUUCCCGGUAUUUUAUGGAAAACCCCUGGCCCGGCUGGAAACUGCGCCGAGCAGGGAAAACAGAGCCGGAUUCCUUCAGCCAGCGGGAAGUUGACGCACCAGCCUAAGAAUAGCUCGGGCAGGGGCAGCGUGGAAAGUGUUCUCGAAGCUGCUGAUGAAAUCGCAGCCGGGAGCGGAGGAGUCUUUGGACCUUCCCAUGCUCGGGACCUUUGACUCAUAAAAGGCUCCUUCAAAAAGCGUCGGGAGCAGAAGAGGGAAAGGAAGAGGAGCCGGAGAAGGGAAGGAGGAGGUGUUGGAAGGAGCAGAGCCCGUCCCGGAGCGUGGGCAGCUGCGGGGGGACAGAGGAAGUCGCUGCAUGUGGAUUUUUCGGACAAAAUGCUCUCUCUGAAGAAAUACUUCACGGAAGGCCUGAUCCAGUUCACCAUCCUGCUCAGCCUCCUCGGCGUGCGCCUGGACGUGGACACCUACCUGAAUUCCCAACUCCCUCCCCUGCGGGAGAUCAUCCUGGGCCAGAGCUCUGCCUACACCCAGACCCAGUUCCACAACCUGCGCAACACCUUGGACGGAUAUGGCAUCCACCCCAAAAGCGUCCAGCUGGACUCUUAUUUCAGCGCCCGCCGCCUGCUCAGCCAGGUGAGGGCUCUGGACAGGCUGCAGGUGCCCAGCACCGAGGUCAGUGCCUGGUUGGUGCACAGAGAUCCCGAAGGAUCCGUGUCCGGAGGGCAGCCCGGAGCCGGGAGCGGGCUGCAGGAUGCCGGAGCAGGUGAUGGAGGAGUGAGGGAGAGCGGAGCUGAGCAGGGUUUUGGGGAAGAGCUGGAGGAUUUAGGAGCUGUGGCAGCGCCUGUCAAUGGAGAUCUCACCAAAGAGGACAUCGAUUUGAUUGACAUCCUGUGGAGACAGGAUAUUGAUCUCGGCGCUGGGCGAGAGAUUUUUGACUACAGCCACCGUCAGAAAGAGAGCGAAGUGGACAAAGAGCUGAGCGAUGGGAGGGAGCGCGGGGACAGCUGGAGGAGUGCAGGGAAUGAGGUCUUGGAUAGAAUCCCGCUAGUUGAUGGAGAGACCGGGGAGAGUUUCCCUGCGCAGGUGCCCGGUGCGGAGGAUCAGACAGCGCUGUCCCUGGAGGAGUGCCUUAGGCUGCUGGAGGCCACCUUCCCUUUCGGGGACAAUUCCGAGUUCCCAGCUGCGGAUGUCUCCGCCCUGAGCGAGGCCGUGCCGGGGCAGAGCCGGGCUCCGGGCGGCCCCCCCAGCCUGCUGUCCCCUCUCCUGGCCGAGACCGAGUCCCCCUUCGACCUGGAGCAGCAGUGGCAGGACCUGAUGUCCAUCAUGGAGAUGCAGGCCAUGGAGGUGAACGGCACCGGCGCCGAGAGCCUGUACGGCGGCACCGGCGGCGACCUGCUGGCGUCCAACUACAGCCUGGCCCCCGGCACGCCCAUCAACCAGAACGUCAGCCUGCAUCAGGCCUCGCUGGGGGGCUGCUCCCAGGACUUCUCCCUCUUCAGCUCGGACAUGGAGAGCCCCUCCAUGGCGGGCGGCUCGGCCCUGCUGCAGCUGGCGCCCGACAACUCCACCGGCCUCAACAGCACCUUCGGCUCCACCAACCUGAGCGGGAUCUUCUUCCCGCCCCAGAUGAACGGCACGGGCAACGAGACGGCCGGGCCCGAGCUGCCCGACCCCCUGGGAGGGCUCCUGGACGAGGCCAUGCUGGAUGAGAUCAGCCUGAUGGACUUGGCCAUCGAGGAGGGCUUCAACCCCGUGCAGGCCUCGCAGCUGGAAGAGGAGUUCGAUUCCGACUCAGGUCUUUCCCUGGAUUCCGGCCACAGCCCCGCGUCCCUGAGCAGCUCCGAAGCCUCGUCCUCGUCGUCCUCGUCCUCUUCGUCCUCUUCCUCCUCCUCGUUUUCCGAGGAAGGCGCCGUGGGCUACAGCUCGGACUCGGAGAACGUGGACUUUGAGGAAGCGGAAGGGGCGGUUGGCUACCAGCCAGAGUACAGCAAGUUCUGCCGCAUGAGCUACCAGGACCCGGCGCAGCUCCAUUACCUGCCUUACCUGGAGCACGUCGGCCACAACCACACCUACAACAUGGCCCCGGCCGCCCUGGACCCCGAGGAGCCCAAAGCGCCCGGCGCCGGCAAGAAGAGCGGCAAGGAGAAACCCUCGGAGCUGCUGGACAAGCAGCUGAGCCGCGACGAGCACCGCGCCAGGGCCAUGAAGAUCCCCUUCACCAACGACAAGAUCAUCAACCUGCCCGUGGAGGAGUUCAACGAGCUCCUGUCCAAGUACCAGCUGAGCGAGGCGCAGCUCAGCCUCAUCCGCGACAUCCGCCGGCGCGGCAAGAACAAGAUGGCAGCGCAGAACUGCCGCAAGAGGAAGCUGGACACCAUCCUCAACCUGGAGCGCGACGUGGAGGAGCUGCAACGCGACAAAUCCAAACUGCUCAGGGAGAAGGUGGAAUUCCUCAAGUCCAUCCGGCAGAUGAAGCAGAAGGUGCAGAGCCUGUACCAGGAGGUGUUCGGGCGGCUGCGGGACGAGCAGGGCCGGCCCUACUCGCCGAGCCGCUACGCGCUGCAGUACGGCAGCGACGGCAGCGUGCUGCUGAUCCCCCGCGCGCCCGCGCCCGCCGAGCCGCAGCCGCGGCGCCAGGAGCGCAAGCAGAAGGACAGGAGGAAGUGAAGGCGGCGGCGGAAGGGAGAGCUGGGAUGAGGGCCGAGCCUGGAAGCGCUUGCGGAGGGAACUUUGAUGCCUUCUUAUCCGAUUCUGUCUUCUCGAAGCGGCGCCGCCGCCGCCGUCGCCGGGGACUCUGCGGGAGCGGCCGUCCCGAAAUAAAAAAGGGGGGGACACGGAGCCUUCGCCCCCCUCCGAGCCCAGCUGCCACCGCCCAGCCCCGAGGUGCUGGGAGAGCAGGGACGAGCUGGCAUCGCUGCUGGGGAGGUUGGCACGAGGUGGAUAAAACAAAAACAAAACACAAAAAAAAAAAAAAUAACAAACUACUGUUAGGAACUGGCUUUAAAUAAGAGAAAAAAAACAAAAAAACCCCACAAAAAAAAAAAAUUCCCGAGAAAA